AUGGGCGAUCUCACAGACAUCCUUCUUGGCUGCAGCGACUUCGGCCGGCUCUUGGAGAACUUCCUGCAUGAGCCAACCGCCUCCACAGGCUUUGCCGAUCUGGUCCAACAGGCGCAAAAGCUGUCCCAAGGCCUCGCAGAGUUUCAGCAUCGUCUUCAGGAGGUGCAGCAGGUGAAAGCCGCACAGGCAGCUGGUAAAGGAGCGAGAAGGACGGUAGACAAGGCUCUCCUUGAUCUACCAAGCACGCUGGAAGUGCAAGAGCUUCUGCGCCAGCUGGACACGAUCAACGGCACGAUUCGUGCUUUGGACGAGAUGAUGGCCGCGGAGAGCAUUCCGCUGGCUGACUGUUUCAGCAUCGCCCAAAGUGCAAUGCUCUCUCCGGAGACGCGGCCAUGUGUGCAGCAUCCUGGAGAGGUGGCCGAAGCGCUGGUGCCCACACCUUCAACAGUGCCAGCGUGGGGUGCUGGAAGAUUGGUGCAAAGUUCCAUCGCGUGCUUGGAGAGCCCAAGUCAAGCUCCUGGUCUCGACCUCAUGGGGCCUCCGCCUGCGGCUCCCGCACUGGCGGAGUCGGUUCAGGCAGCAGCCCCACUGCCAGCGCCGGAACAGCCGCAAAGCGCCCUGGUGUUGUGGCAAGAGGACGAGAUGGAGGUGGCACAGCCAGAAGAACCUCAAGACUUCAGAGGUCCUGCUUUGUCGGGCCGCCGUCUCGCGAAUGCGGAGGACACGGUUCAGGUGGCUUCGCUGCUCUGCUCUCCGGGAUCUCCCAGCUCGCCUGCUCUGCAAGAUGCCCCACCCGGACCUGAACCGGAUCCUUCGCUCUUCCGGGUCCAGGUGGUGCCGGUGGGCUCGGAGAACUCGGGUGAAGCUGCGACGGAGAUCGGUGACGGAGGUGACCGUGACCUGGCUCUGGCUCUACCUGCUCGGCCUCUCCCAAACGAGAUCCCCCCUGCCGGUCCCAUGGUCCCGCUGCCGGAGGCUCCGGGACGGCGAGUCGUGGCAAGGGCCUGCAAGCGCAGGUCAGCUCUCCCUGCGGUUCCACGCCUCCCUCCGCUGCCGGAUGGCGACCUGAUUGAAAGCUUCUCGGACAACCCUCUGCAGAACGCGCUGCAAGAGCCCGGGCCUAGCAACGGGCAGGAGUCGUGCAUGCCGGAAGAAGCGCGGGAGCUGUCACCGCACCGAGAGCUGGAGCGGAAGCCGAGUGGAUCAGAUGCUCUGCAGCCACGAGCCCCAAGAGCCCCAAGCGAGCCGGAAGCUGGGCUGCAUGCAGUUCGCAGCCCAGGUUUCAAGGAGCUCAAGGAGCUGAACCUCCCACCAGCCAGUACGCCGCGAGACCAUCCCAAGCCCAAGCGAGCUCUUACAAGCUUUGCCGGCAAGCACGUCAUUGACGUCACAGACUUCGAUGUUGGCCCCAACCCGAAACGCCGGCGAGAAGGAGCCAAGUCCUCCGGCUCCUUGAAAGGUCAGGCCGGAAACGCAGCCAGCGGGAGCUACGGAAGCCAGCGAUCCUCGAGGCUCCGUAAACCGAAGCCGCAGAAAGAUCCACGGCGAGCGGGAGCGCUCCUGUUUUCGCAGCGCAUGUCGCAGUUGUCGCAAAGUUUGUCGCAGAAGUUGAAGGCGAAUGGGCAUACCCCGCGCCGAAGCAUCCGUGUUCGGAAGGGCGGCUGGAUUCUUGCUCGGGGCCCUCAAGGCUCUGAUCCCAAUCCUGGCAAGCCAGAGGAGCAAUCGGCACCGCUGCGGGGGCUCCCACCACCACUCACAUCCGCGCCCUCCGCGCCCGAGCGGCCCGAUGUCCUGUUCACGGGCUUUGCUCGCAGCGACCUUCACGCCCUCCGCACGAGUGUGAACCUCCUGGGAGGUCUGGCCGUGAAUUCCCUGACGGGAGGAGGCAAUGGCCGGACCAACGUCCGGGUCGUGGUGCAGUGCACGUUGUCGGACGCGGGACAGAGUGUUGCCACGAAGCGAUCCCUGAAAUACAUGGAGGGAGUGCUCUCGGGCGCUUGGGUCCUCUCUUCCGAGUGGGUGCACUCCUCAUUGCGAGCCGGCCAUUGGCUUCCAGAGGUCCGCUUUCAACUCGCUGGCGACCUGCAUGCCUUGGGCGGCCCUUCCCGAGGUCGGAAUCACGGCCCUGAGCUCUUCCAGGGCUGCCGCUUCCACUUCGUCGCCAUCCCACCAGGGAAGAAGGAGAAUUUCUGCCUGAGCAUGGGCACCGAGGAGGAGGGGCGCCCCACUGUUGGCCAGCUCUGCCGGCUGGUGCGGAAAGCGGGUGCUCAGGUGCUCGAGGCAAUUCAGAAGGUACCGGAUGCUGAGGACGAUCCGCCCCACCUGGCCGCGGCGGUGCUUUCUUCUCGGCACAGAAGGCGACCAAGCGCAACAAGCUCCACGCAGGCGAGCCCUGCUUUGCCACGCUACUGGUGGCGGAGGCCUAUCGUCGUCAACGUUCCCGAGAAGGAGAGUCCGGGAAACCGCCGCUCCGCAAAACUGGCUAAGGAUCUUGGGUGGGCUUCCUUGCCUGCCAUGUGGCUGUAUGACUGCAUCUCGCACGGAGAGAUUUGCUUGCCCGGCGGUGCGGAAAGCGAGUAA